AUGAUCAUCUUUGAUGAAGCUGAUAAACUUCCUGAACAACUACUUGAAGUUGUGAAGCCCUUCCUCGAUUACUAUGACACCGUUGGAGGGGUGGAUUUCCGCAAAAGCACGUUUUUGUUCCUGAGCAAUCGUGGUGGACAGUUAAUCGCAAACUUGGCGCUAAGUCAUCACCAAUCUGGCAAUCCUAGGGAGGAUCUGACUUUGGAUAAUUUCGAGAGGAUGCUAAUGCAGGCGGCGUAUAAUGAGCCAGGAGGACUAAAACUGUGCGAAUUGAUUUCAAGCCACUUAAUCGAUCAUUUCGUUCCAUUUCUUCCAAUGGAGCGACGGCAUGUCAUACUUUGUACGAUUGGCUACCUCAAGUCGCAGGGAAGAGAAGAUCUCGUAAAGGACGAUGAAUUAGUUCAGCGCAUUGUUGACUCACUACAGUAUUUCCCUCAAGAGUUGAAAGUGUUCUCAAGUUCCGGUUGUAAACGAGUUCCCAGCCAAGGCAGAUUUGGAAAUCGCUAA